AUGCAUCGAAUUUCUGGACUGAUAUGUUUCUGCUAUUUUCUGGUGUGGUUCCAAGCUUUCACCUCUUCGGAACAAAGCUCAAACGUUACAGGGAACAGAACGACGAAUCCAAGAGCACUAAAGCCCGACUCAACUGUCAAAGGCAAACGCCCACCAGGUAAAUUUGAUGUGACCAAUUCCAAAUUCCGACUAUCGAUAAAAUGCCCUGCCAAAAAGAGUUGCAAGGGCCGUUGCACCCUUAACCGUGAAUUCCACAAACCAAAAGAGAACUUAGAAAAGUGUUUCUGUGACCCAUGGUGCGACUCCGUAUUUCAUGACUGUUGCUCAGAUUACGACGAAGAAUGCAAUGCUAGUUUCAUGAAAGAAAACUCUCCUAAAAACGAACUGGACGACUUAUGGAUGUGCACUAAAAUUGACAAAUAUAAGCUUCCCAUCUGGACAAUUGGAAAAUGCAAGCCUACUUGGAAAAAUAAAGAGAUAGCCAAGAAAUGUACGACUCCAAAUGAUUCCGAAAUUUCCACCCUAAUUCCAGUGAUUGAUGAGAACAAUGUGACAUUUCAGAAUAGGCAUUGCGCCAUUUGUAACGAAGUUACUAUAUUCGAGCCGUGGAACUUUACCGUCAAAUGUAGUGCCGAGCCAUCGAGUCGUUACACCGAGGCAGAAUCCUGGCAGUUCACCGACUACUUUUGCCAAAAAGAAUUUCUGAAACGUGAAUUCUCCACUCGCGGAAGACGUUACUGCUACAAUGUGAUUAAGACAUGCAAAAACAAAUCACCUGAUAGAUACAAGAAAUACUGCGCAGAACGCCCGGCAGGAUUAGUUACUGAUCAGUACGGCUAUGAAAACUACAAAAAUUUUGAUUGCCUUUUAUGCAACUUUGGAGACAGGGCUAAUCCAACAUGCGGACCAUCAUUGCUUGGCAGUAUGGGAAAAGAUCCCAUAUUCAUCCCUAGACCAUACAGCGCAAUUUUUUCGAUCUCAACAAAGAACAGUUUCACUUCUCAUUCGCGCUGUCCAACCGCUCAAAUAUACAACGCCCGUUUGGGACGAUGUAACGAGCUUUUUGAAGGAAACAUUAUGCAAAACUCGCAACAGCUGUUACAAAAAUUUGCGGUUGUGUUAAAGUACGACGCGAAUAAAAGCGGAAUGUGCACAUCGGCGAGAGAUAUGGAAAUACGGUUUGGUUACGUCUUUGAACGGCUAUUAAAAGUUAGUCUUAUCGACUUAAACAUGGAGUUUGGUGAUUUGCGAAUACAUAAACAGAAUGAUUCUGGCUUGUUAGUGACGUUUCAGCUUCUGGGCUUAAAACAAGAUUUAGGAAACAGCGAAGACGUCCCGUUUGAAUAUUCAAAGAUCGAGAAGCUUAUUUUCCAUGCUAGUUUCACUAAUGACACGAGUGGCGGAAUCUGUCGGUACUUCUUAACCAAACGCGUUGCAAGAGAAAUGACUUGUGUUCAAAACGUCACUUUCAUCGCAGCGAACAUCUCCACAGAGUUCCCAAACGGAACUUUACGAGUAUCUCUCAACCAAACAACUCAAACCUACUACAAUAAAGGCGAGUUCUUGCAAUACAAUGAAACGUUCUUGGCCAUUUGUAAAGACGUCAAACCAUCGAACUGUUCGUAUUAUGACGUAGUUCAGAACUCAAGUGAUUUCAUCCUGUUUCCCAAUAGGUCAAUCUACAGUCACGUGGCAAACUCGGUUUUUGACUAUGGGGAAUACUCCAUAAUCGAAACCAAGAUUUGGCUGUGCUUGAAGAAUGAUCACGUUUGGAGAGCAAAUAGAAUUCAAGUCCUUUCCACAUCAAUUCACACGACCAUACUAUCUUAUGUGACUUUAGUCAGUCUGACUAUAUCUGUCCUAAGCCUUUGUACUGUUAUGAUAGUUUAUUCAUUGAAUAAAUCGUUGAGGAAUCUGCCAGGUAAAAACCUGAUGCUUUUAUGUGGAACUCUGGCACUCGCUCAGACACUCUGGCUUAUAGAAAGGAACAUGAGUACGUUGUCUGCUUUGUGUACUGCCGCUACAAUCGCCAGCCAUUUUGCAUUCCUUAGUUCGUUCUGUACAUCGGGUUCAAUUGCUCUUCACUCGUAUUUAACAUUCCGUCGUGUAGCAAAUGGGAAACUUUACGACGCGAGUAAUACACGCGAGUUUCUGUGGUAUUGCGCGUACGGUACAGGUCUUCCAGCUUUGUGGGUUGGUAUAUGCUGGACCUUAGAUACAUAUCAAGUAAUUUCACUAAGGAAUGAAACAUCAGACACGUGCUGGCUUGGAAAUUCCGAGGGUUUAAAAAUAGCAUUUCUGUACCCGGCUGCAUUACAGCUUUUCGUGAACGUAACUCUACUUAUGGAAACGCUGAGGCAUAUUCAGAAAUGUAGCAAAGCCAGUCAACAAUUACAGAAGAAAAAUGGAGCUACGAAACAACGCCAUGUGGGGAUCUAUUUACGAAUGUCGACGCUCAUGGGUUUGUCUUGGUUGUUUGGCGCUUUUGUAGCAAUAUUUCCAAGGGUGGUAGCUUUCGAGUAUUUGUUCGUGUUUGGAAAUGGCUUCCAAGGACUUUACAUUGCCCUCGCUUUCUUGUUGACGAAAAAUGUGAAGAAAAUAAUGACUAAAAGGCUCACGCACAGCACUGCAAGAAGUCAUGCUUCGCCAAACAGUGAAAAAACUAAAUGGUAA